AUGGUUUCUAUAAUUGGGUUAACUGGGAAGUGGGAGCAAGCUGAUGAAAUAUCAUCAUAUAAUGAUGAAGACAAAAUAGAAAUAUUAGAAGAAUUGAAUAAAGAAAAUACUAGUAUGGACGAGCCAUUUGACGAAGAUACAGUAGUUACAGAUGAAGAAACAGGUACAAAAAUUGAUGAUGAUUUGGAUGUUAAGAAAUUCAAAGUAACUUUCUCUUUCUUGUUUAAUUAUAAGUCUAAAGGAAAUUUCUGGUUAAGAAAGGAAGCAGGUUCUGUAAUUCAAUAA